AUGGCUUCCGUUAAGCUCACUGCCCCCAAUGGGAGAACCUACCUCCAACCAACAGGACUGUUCAUCAACAACCAAUGGGUUGAGUCUUCUGACGGCGGAAAGAUAGCCAGUAUCAACCCUACAAACGAGCGAGAAAUCACAUCCGUCCACGCCGCAACGAGCCAAGAUGUCGAUAGAGCCGUGCAAGCAGCGCGGAAAGCGCUCAACCACCCGAGCUGGCGAGACCUGCCCGCCUCAGAUCGCGGCAAGCUCAUGGCGCGCCUCGCCGAUCUGAUGGAGCAGCACCGCGAGACGCUGGCCACGAUCGAGACGUGGGACAACGGCAAGCCGUACCUGGUCUCGCUCAACGAGGAUCUCACCGAGGCCAUCGAGACGCUGAGAUACUACAGCGGCUUUGCCGACAAGGUGUUUGGGCAGGUGAUUGAGACGACGCCCGAGAAGUUCGCCUACACUGUCCGCGAGCCUAUUGGAGUUUGUGGCCAAAUCAUUCCCUGGAACUACCCCCUCGCGAUGGCCGCAUGGAAGUUGGGCCCAGCCCUGGCCUGCGGCAACACGGUCGUCCUCAAGCCGGCAGAGCAGACCCCUCUCUCCAUCUUGUACUUUGCCAACCUCGUGAUCGAGGCAGGCUUCCCGCCGGGCGUGGUCAAUAUCGUAAAUGGCCUCGGAGCCGUCGCAGGCGCAGCUCUCGCGUCCCAUUUGGACGUCGACAAGAUCGCAUUCACCGGUUCUACCAACAUAGCCAAGGAAAUCAUGAAGAUGGCAAGCCACAACCUGAAGAACAUUACGCUCGAGACGGGCGGAAAGAGCCCUCUCAUCGUGUUUGAUGACGCUGACUUGGACGUCGCCGUCCACUGGGCCCACGCCGGUAUUAUGUCCAACCAGGGUCAAAUUUGCACCGCAACGUCGAGGAUCUUGGUUCAGGACGCCGUGUACGACAAAUUCCUGGCAGCGUUCAGAGAACAAGUGAAAAAGGUCUCCAGAGUCGGCGAUCCCUUCGAAGAAAGCACUUUCCAAGGACCCCAAGUCACAAAGGCACAAUUCGACAGGAUCCUCUCCUACGUCGACAUCGGCAAGCAAGAGGGUGCGAAGCUUGAGCUGGGAGGCCGGCCGUCCAAGCCUGAUGGUAGCGGGUACUUCAUCGAACCCACGGUAUUCACCGGGGUAUCACCUAAUAUGAGAGUCUUCAAAGAGGAGGUCUUCGGCCCGUUUGUCGUCAUCUGCCGAUUCAAGUCGGAGGAUGAUGCCAUCGCUCUCGCCAACGAUACGCAGUACGGCCUCGGAAGCGCCUUAUUCACCACAGAUCUGACCCGUGCCCAUGCCGUGGCCAAGAGAAUCGAGGCUGGCAUGGUGUGGAUCAAUUCAAGCAACGACAGCGACUGGCGCAUUCCGUUUGGUGGUGUGAAGCAAAGCGGAAUCGGCAGGGAAUUGGGCGAGGCCGGUCUUGCUGCCUAUUCAAACAUUAAAGCCAUUCAUGUAAACCUUACUAGACAGUCGAAGCUAUAG